UAACCACUGCUAACCACUGUUAAGCACUGCUAACCACUGCUAACCACUGCUAACCACUGUUAACCACUGCUAACCACGGCAGCACCGUGCUGCUUGCGUCACGGGACACUCCAUAGAAGCAAAUGACCAUGUUCUCCUAGGCGAUUUAAAGCAAACUGUAUAUUUAAUCUUGACUAGUUUAAAUCUUUUGGAGGACAUUGCUUUAGCUGUGUGUUAGCCGUCCUUUCUAAUCCUUAUUAGAUUAUCCUGAAUUCAUCAUAGUUAAUUUAUAAGAAACAGUGUUUUUGGGCUGGUGGGGGGGGGGGGGGUCAUUGUUUCUUUGAUGAACCUUUUGUCCCCGACGUCACAGCAGCUGCAAACCGCUUCCUAACUAAAUCAAGAAUGACAGCCGUUAAUCCUGAGCAGAUAAAGAUGCUGCAGAUCGUCAAAUAAGCUUAACCGAUGACUUAAAGGCUGCAAAGAGAUUGCCCUUGGAUAUACUGAUCUCCUGGUUCUCAUUUACAGUGUAGAGAUGGGAUGUGGCAAAAUGGGCUUCUGUACCACGGCUGGCCUCCUUCACUGGAUGAGGGCAGGCUGUGCCUCUGCUCUACCCGCAUCACAUGAUGAGGGCAGGCUGUGCCUCUGCUCUACCCGCAUCACAUGAUGAGGGCAGGCUGUGCCUCUGCUCUACCCGCAUCACAUGAUGAGGGCAGGCUGUGCCUCUGCUCUACCCGCAUCACAGGAUGAGGACAGACUGUGCCUCCUGCAUCAGAGGAUGAGGGCAGGCUAUGCCUCUGCUCUACCUGGGCAAUACCCAACAUAAACACAGCAGCAGAGGAGGAUGACAGGCUGUGUGUCAACGCUGCCCAGGAGGAUUGGUGACAUCACUUGAUCUAUCUUGUCACCCCAGUCCUACUCUGCUCUCUCCCAAAACCUGGUGGGGUCUGGUGAGGUGUCACAGGAUAAGAGGGACAAGCACAGAGCUCUCGGUCUGUUGUCGGCUGGUGCAGCUCCAGAUCAGGGCCUUUUGGAUUUGCCCUGAGUCCCUCCAUGUGAUAGGAUGGCGCGGGACAUGUCUGAUAAGGAGCUCCUCAAGAUGGAGCUCGAGCAGCUCCAGAAGGAGGUGAAAAACGAGAGGAUGCCGAUUUCAACGACAGCCAAGGAGCUGGCAGACUGGGUUGAGGCUCACGUUGGAGAAGACCCCCUGGUGAAAGGCGUGCCUGAGGAUAAGAACCCUUACAAGGAGAAGGGAGGCUGCGUGAUAACCUAGCGAGGCUGACGGGGGACAACCCCGGAAAACAGAGAGCUAUCUGAUAUAUAAAUAACGAUAUACAUAGCUGUGAGUGAGCUGUUCCAGGUUAAAUCUAUUUUCACCCAAACUGGAUAUAGCACGACUGUAUUGAAGCAGAGCAGUAAUUUUGGAAAAAUGGUUCCACCUUCAAGACUCUGGACACUGAAGACAGCAAGACCCCAGCAACACAAUCCCACCAAUCCCAUCCAGCUGCAGUGGUUUAUUCCCAGGGCAGUCCCACCCACAUUUUACACCUUAGUAACAGAGUUCUGUCCUUGUACUCACACUCUUAUCAGUGCAGAGCUUUGGCACUCGAGCCCAGAGACCCCCGGCUUGCCAGUG